AUGAAGGUGAAGCUGCUUUUUCCGUACGCCGUGUCCUGCGUGUUCGGCGGCAUGGGCCGCGCCUGGGGCAUGGCUAUGGUCGGGCUCCACAUUAUGAUCUGCAUCGUCAAGGUCAUCUCCUUCACUACUGACCCCGAGGAGGCCCGCUUCUGGAUACCGAUCUUCCGCGUCUGGGUGUACCUCUGCAUCGCCGCCACGGUGGUCAUGACGUGCGUGUGCAUCGUCUGCUACAUGCCCGUGUAUGGGGUGUACGCCAUGAGGUACGAUCCGCCGCCGCCGCAGCCGGCAGCGGCUGCGGCGGUGCAGCUCCCACCUCCCCCCUCCAGAGAUGGACAUGUGCUAGGUUUGGUCUGUGCGUGCGGCACCACUAAAAAUUGGAAGAUGCUUCAGGUCCUUCUAGCUAUUAAUUGGCUUGGUGAUGAAAAGAUCAAUGGAAGGACCAGUGUGCUGAAAAGAUUUUGCUUUCUCUUGCCCCACCUGCCGAAGCAUAGAUAG